GUGGAGUCAUAGGGCUUCGAUGGCUUUGUUUCGGGAUUACCAAACACUUACAUUUGGUUUCAUUCCAGAUACGAAGAAGUGUUUAGCUGAAGCAGAAGUACCUGGUAUUCCUACCAAGGACGUACUGUUUUUUGAUAAGUCAGUUCGAAUACUGCAUAUCUUCCGAACGUGUUGCAUAAAAGUUCCACGCGUCAACUGCAGAAAUGCCGAAUUGGACGAACGUUCUUUGGGGUGCAUGUUUUUGGUGUUAUCCGUUGUACGUCCUCGCCAAUUUACAUCGUGUGGAGGUUGUCAAGUAUGAUAUAUAUGGGAACCUAAUAGAAAAUAAGACAGUAGCUGAAUACUGGUGGCGUUACCCGUCUAGAAAAAGUGUUCAGCAAUAAUGACUGAAUCCUGAAUUGCAAGAAUGACCGAUAUUUUACUGUCAUCAACCUAUCCGAGUAUGCAUGAGAGCCGAAUCAACUCAAGAUGUAAACAGCGUGACAUGCUUUGAAAAUUUUGAAUUCUCACAUUAUACACCUGUCCGUACAUUUUGUUUCUGUAAAUCUUGACGUUACAGCGACUGUUUCCCCACUCACUACUCUGAACGUAACCCAAAACCUACAGCACGCUAGAGCGAUUUAGAAUCCUCUCUCUAUUUAAAUGCGAAUGCCACACUUCGUGGGAAAGCGUUUCCACUGUC